AUGGAAUCCUCGUCACGGUCAAAACAUAAAGGCGAUAAAUCGAACAGUUCAAGGACUAUUCCUGUACCCCAGCAAAGUCCUCAGCAGAUUCAAAUUCCGGAGCGGGAUGAUGAUGAUGGUGAUGUAAUGGAUGGAGAAUUAGCAUUUGAUCUGUUGGAAGAAGACCUAACCUGUGUAGUGUGUAGGCAGAUUGCAGUACAGGCUGGAAAUCGAUUGGUUGAAUGCGAUGCCUGCCAUGCUCUUUACCAUCAGGACUGCCAUAAGCCCGUCAUUAGUGACAAUGAUAUGGGCUCAGGUUGGCAAUGUGCUUCAUGCCUUUCAUCUCAAUGUCUGGCAGCAGGAUUUGCCAGCAAGACAUCAUCAUCUUCAAAAUCACCAUCACAUGUUUCUGGAUCUACUACUCCUGUCAAGAUAUCUUCCAGUAGUUCUGCUUCUUCAUCACCUUCAAAAGUUGUGACUCCAAAUAUUAAUAUUAUAUCUGCUGCAGAUAAAAGGCUGCAGAUAAUGAAAAAGAAGGCUGCUAAGCAGCAUGAAAAGAAAAAAUCUUCUAAA